AUGGCGCAUAGACUAUGCAUAACGCAAACUUUGGCACUCAGCCAGCAUACGGGAUCAGCUGUUGCUCAUUGGUGGAGCGGAAUUGCACAUCUUGCUUGUGGAAAGAGAUGGCCGCCAUCUCCACAUCUUCUGCACCUUGAAUCACCUGCUGCUUCAAGCUGUCCUUCAGCAUACCUGCCCGGUAUUAUUGCAAAGCACUUGGAGUCUGCUAAUACAAUGUUCUCCUUCAUAUGGUGGAUAAUUGGAUUUUAUUGGAUAUCUGCUGGGGGUGAAGAGGUUAUCCGGGAUGCACCUCAACUUUACUGGCUUUGCAUAGUCUUUCUGGCAUUUGAUGUGUUUUUUGUUGUAUUCUGCGUUGCUCUGGCUUGUAUCAUUGGUAUUGCUGUCUGUUGUUGCCUUCCUUGUAUCAUAGCAAUUCUCUAUGCAGUAUCUGAUCAGGAAGGAGCAUCUGAAGAUGACAUUCGUCAAUUCCCAAGAUACAAAUUUCGGCGGACCGAUGAGCCUGAAAAGCAAGAUGUUGACCCCAUGGGUCCUUUUGGUGGAAUAAUGACAGAGUGCAGCACCAAUCAACCUAUUGAGAAAGUGCUUGCAGCUGAAGAUGCAGAGUGCUGUAUUUGCCUAUCGGCUUAUGAUGAUGGUGCAGAGUUGCGCGAACUCCCCUGUGGGCACCAUUUCCACUGCACCUGCAUCGAUAAGUGGCUUCACAUCAAUGCAACAUGCCCCCUGUGCAAGUACAACAUUCGGAAAAGCAGCAGUAGCAGUGGAAGUGAAGAAGUGUGA